AUGGCCAGCGACCCAGCCCAAGUGAUUCCUAUUGAUUUGCCCAGACUGAUCGGGCCUCAGUUCGUCAGCGCUCUUUUAAACUCCAUUCUUUUUGGUAUCUUGUCUCUCCAAGUCUCUACUUCGGGCCUUGCAGGUAUAUUUUAUCUCGCGUUUCCCGAUGAUCCUACCUACACAAAAGCCAUCGUCUAUGGGAUAUAUAUUCUGGAAGCAGUCCAAACUGCUCUUACAUUUGAGUCCGGCUAUCGGAUGUAUGUCUCCAGCUUCGGGGACUUUUACUCGCUGGACCAGGUUGGGAACGUCUGGUUGACGGUCCCUAUCCUAACGGCUGUAGGAACCGUCGUCGUUCAAGCAUUCUAUGCAUAUCGAGUCUAUCUCCUUUCUAAAUCCAAGGCCGUUUGGACAAUUAUCAUGCUUCUAGCAUGCACUCAAUUUGCCGCAGGAAUUGUGACCGGAAUCCUGGUGAAAAAUUCGCCAUUCCUGAGCCCUAUUCAUUUCCCUCGGAGGAUCCAUCUCUCUCUGGGUAUCUGGCAUGGAGGAAGUGCCUUGUGCGACAUCGUUAUAGCGGGUGCCAUGGUAUAUUAUCUCUCAGAAUUUAAGCCGCCCGUCGAUCGAACUCGUAUGAUGGUCCAAAAAAUCAUCCGCCUGACUUUGGAAACCGGAACACUCACAGCUCUCGUCGCGGUUGUUGCGUUGAUCUUCAGUCUUCUCCCUAACAAUUCCGCAAAUUAUCAGGCAGUGACUCUGAUCUUCGGGAAAAUUUAUGCAAAUUCACUGAUGGUCUUAAUAAAUCGGAGAGUAUACCUGAGUAGUAAGGACGAAAAGAAGCGGGCAAUUUCGUUGGAGAACGUGGGGACCUCAGUCAGCUUUCGAAACACGGGCGUCAACCAGCUUGCAGUCGGGGGUAAUGGUGCUUCUACCAUCGCCUUAUAG